CAUGUAAAUCUUCUGUUGCAGCAGACACCAGAACCAGUACAAGACUUAACUUUCUGAUUCGUAUUGACAGUUUAAAAUUACUAGUUGCUGAGCUGGACUGUUGGGAGAGGACCACAACAUGGCAGCUACUCAUGUUUUUCGAGAAUCAUUCAUCUUUGGUCAUAAAGAACUGACUCACUGGUUCCCAUCUCAUAUGGCUCGAAGUAUGAAGAAGAUGCAGGGAUCUAUGAAGAAAGUGGACUGUGUUGUAGAGGUACAUGAUGCAAGGCUUCCAUUUGCUGGUAGGAAUCCAGCAUUCAGAGAGACCUUUGGCAUCAAACCUCAUCUUCUCAUUCUCAACAAGAAGGAUUUAGCAGACACGGCAUCAAGUAACGAUAUAAGGAAGCGGCUGCAGGAGGAAGGAGGCAUUGAACAUGUCAUGUUCACAAACUGUGUGCAACAGAACAGUCCAAGUGCUAAGAAAAUCGUACCUACUGUGAUAGAUAUCAUUGAAGGAGGAGAGAGAUUUAACAGAACAGAGAACCAGGAAUAUUCCAUUAUGGUCGUAGGGAUACCGAAUGUUGGCAAGUCUUCUCUCAUCAACGCCCUCAGACGAAUUCAUGUAAAGAGAGGAAAAGGAACAAAGGUUGGAAGGCUACCAGGGGUUACAAGAUCUUUGAUGCAGAAAAUUCUAGUGAGUGAGCAGCCUAGAAUGUGGUUGUUUGAUACCCCUGGGAUCACAACGCCCUUCAUUCAGAACGUUGAGGUCGGCAUGAAGCUUGCUAUGAUGGGAACAUUACAAGACCAUAUGGUAGGAACUGAGCUGAUUGCAGACUAUGUACUCUUCACUCUCAAUAGAUUACAGAAGUUUAGGUACGUAGAUGUUUACAACAUGUCCGAACCUUGUGAUGACAUUGACGGAGUCUUAGCAGGUAUAGCAAGAAAGUUUGGCAAGGUCAGAAAGCUGAAAACCUAUGAAGAUACUUACAGUAUAUUAAAUUUUGUUUGUUUGUUUUUAUUUGUUUUUCUUUGAGGAAUGAUGUCAUCUUCUUGAAAUAAUAUAUCAUGGGGCCGUACCAUCUGCCUAUUUUUUCGUCACGUAUCGUUAUGUUCACUGCUUUUUAAAAUGUUGCAGCAAACGAAAAUAAACGAAACAGAGUAGCUCGCUCCCCAUUUCUUCCCAAUCUUUUCCUCUCAUGUUGACAAUGCUGUGCAGUCAAUUUACAUCUGUUUGCUUGUUAGCCCAUGGACUGCAGAGUUCUCUCAUCCCCAUAGGAUU